AUUACUCUACCUAGACUUAAUUAUGAGAAAGGAAGGUAUGUGAGUUGCUCAUAAAAUUCUUUCUUGCGGCAUACAGCUCUUCCUUUUGUAUGUUAGUUGUCAAAGGCAUUUGGUAUGAACUAAACAAUGAAUCAGAAGGUGACAGAAAGGGCAGCCCGGUGCACAAAGCAUCUUGCAUUAGCAGGGUCCGGGGAAGAGCCGCACCCAAAGGGGUGUGAUGUAGAUAGCCUACCCUAAUGCAAAGCAUUAGUGGCUGCUUCCACGGCUCGAACCCGUGACCAAUAGGUCACGUGGAGACAACUUUACUGUUGCUCCAAGGCUCCGCUUCAAUCAGAAGAUGACAGAAUUGUUCUAAAUUCUUUUCUCUAUUUCUCCUUAUCCACAUUUGUUCCUCUAAUCUUAGUGUAGUAUUCUCAAUCCUCAUUCUUGAAUAUUUGGCAAUUUUGCUUUAAAGUUUCUAAAACAUGCGUUUCCACAUGCCCAGUGGUCACUUAAGUUUAAUGCUCUUUGAAUUGUGACUCAACAACAAAAAUAACUACAAUUCCAGUGUAAUCCCACAAAUAAAAAAGGAUGGAAAAAUUCAGGCACUUUGAAGCAUUCUCCCCCCUGUUAUUCUAUAUAUUCACAAUCUUCUGUGGUCUUCCCCUUGUCACUCCGGAGAAGUUGUAUUUGAAAAGUUGCUGAAAAUGCAAUUUCUUAUGAUUCUGGGUUUUUUGCAGAUUAUCUUUACUUUUUCUCUUUGAUAAAUGUCUUUCAUGUAUUUGGCUAAAACAGUAGUUCUAAAUAUUGACAGUCAGAGAAUCAACAUCUUUUCUUUUGGUAUUCAGGCACCUGAAAUCUUUUUGCCUUAGAAAUUGCAUUUUCUGUGUUGUGUCCUACCGAUUUAAUCGAUUUGAAUCUUGGUCUGGGUGCACAUUUAACAAUAUGUGGGAGAUAACAUAUAUUGCUCGCAAAUUUACUUCUGUACUAAUUAUAUACUUGUAAAAAUUAUAAAGGAGAUUAUUAGUAAAACCUUCAAGACUUCCUAAAUUAUUUAUCCAAAUGGCUCCACAUUAAUUCCUAAAAAUACAAAUUCUGUUUUAUUAAUUCAUUAGGAUACUAGUUUCUUAAAAAAAUAGAACAUGAGAAGUUAAUGUACAUGAUAAAUAUAAGAAUGAAAUAUUGGCUGUGAUAUGUACUGUUACAAUUUCUCACCAUGGAAGAGGGCCUAAAAUAGCACGGCAGGUCUCACAAGUGCUCUCAGUAAUUUCAUUUCUUCUAUAUUCUUGAAAAAAUUUCAUCUUUUAGGUGUGCUUCAGUGUCUACUUUUACUCCAGAAAAAAAAAAAAAAGAAAAAAAAAAAGAAUUUAGGAUAGCUUGGUACUUUCCCCUCCUUUUCUCUCAUCAUUGGUCUUUCCAUGCUGUUUUAUCAUGACUUCUUUGCCCUUGUUAUUUCUCAUUUUCGCAUUUCUUUGAUUUGCUUGUCGGUAUCUGACUUUUUUCCCUUGUUUUCUUGUUUUCUUUUGAGCCGAGGGUCUUUCGGAAACAACCUCCCUACCUUCCAAGGUGGGGGUAAGGUCUGCGUACACUUAACUCUCCCCAGACCGCACACUGUGGGAUUCAACUGGACUGGUUCUGACAAUAUCCCUUUUAGAAGUGCAUUUAAGGAUGUCAUCUUUCGGACAAGUUGGAGUUUGGAUGUUGAAAGGCCCCUGGGGAUCACUCAGAAUAAGUUGGACCAGGAUGGUUCCGUUAUUCUGCAAUUCAGAAUCUGCUGCCCCUAUUUAGAGGAAGGAACAUCUAUUUAUGUGCUUGGUAGCUCCUUAAAACUUGGGCAAUGGAAGAUUCAGGAGGGCCUUAAGCUCGCGUAUGCUGGCGAUUCGUUUUGGCAGGCAGAUUGCGUUAUGGGAAAAGAUGACUUUCCUUUAAAAUACAAGUACUGCAAAUAUGGUAAGGCUGGAACCUCAGUGGAAUGUGGUGCUAGUCGGGAGCUUUCUAUUGAUGUCACAACAGGUGAAUCGAGAUUUGUAGUUCUUUCAGAUGGCUUAAUGCGGGAAAUGCCUUGGAGGGGAGCAGGUGUCGCAGUACCCAUGUUUUCUGUACGAUCAGAGGCUGAUCUUGGAGUUGGGGAGUUUCUUGACCUGAAGUUACUUGUAGAUUGGGCCGUUGAAUCUGGCUUUCAUUUGGUUCAGCUUUUGCCCAUCAAUGAUACAUCAGUCAACUGUAUGUGGUGGGAUUCGUAUCCAUAUAGUUCACUCUCAGUAUUUGCAUUGCACCCAUUAUACCUAAGGGUAGAGGCAAUUUCAGAAAGCAUUCCAGAGGAUAUCAAGCAAGAGAUCAGGGAGGCAAGAAUUCAGUUGGAUAAAAAGGAUGUAGAUUAUGAGGCCUCCUUGGCUACAAAACUUUCUAUUGCGAAGAAAAUUUUCGUUCGUGAGAAGGAGACCGUACUAAAUUCAAAGUCAUUCCAGGAGUUCUUUUCUGAAAAUCAGGAAUGGUUGAAACCGUAUGCUGCUUUCUGUUUUCUGCGGGACUUCUUUGAAACAUCUGAGCGCAGCCAAUGGGGCCGCUUUUCGGAAUUUUCAAAAGAGAAGCUUGAGAAACUCGUCUCAAAAGAAAGCUUGCAUUACGAAGUUGUUUGUUUUCAUUACUACAUCCAGUUCCAUUUACAUCUACAAUUAUCAGAAGCUGCGGAAUAUGCGCGAAAGAAAGGUGUAGUGCUGAAAGGUGACUUGCCCAUUGGUGUUGAUAGGAAUAGUGUCGAUACCUGGGUCUACCCAAAUUUGUUUCGCAUGAACACCUCAACUGGGGCACCGCCUGACUAUUUUGAUAAAAAUGGCCAGAAUUGGGGAUUCCCCACUUAUAAUUGGGAAGAAAUGUCAAAAGAUAACUAUGGGUGGUGGCGUGCUCGUCUAACACAGAUGGGGAAGUACUUUACAGCUUAUAGGAUUGAUCACGUAUUGGGGUUCUUCAGAAUAUGGGAGCUCCCAGCACAUGCAAUGACUGGCCUUUGUGGAAAAUUUCGACCUUCUAUUCCUAUUAGUCAGGAAGAACUCGAGUCAGAAGGAUUAUGGGACUUCAACCGUCUGACCCAGCCAUAUAUUGGAAAAGAGCUUUUACAGUACAUCGAAAGUUUCCCUUUUUUGGAAAAUCUCAAUUCUUCGAGUAACUUUUGUAGCCAAAGUAAACUCAAGGAAAAAUUUGGAGCUUCUUGGACAAUAGUAGCCUCUGCUUUUUUGAAUGAAUAUCAGAAGGGCUUUUACGAGUUCAAGGAGGAAUGCAAUACUGAGAAGAAAAUUGUGUCUGCGCUGAAGUCAUUCUUGGAAACAUCCAUAUUGGUAGAGAGUGAAGAGAACCUACGGCGAAAACUCUUUGAUCUUUUGCAGAAUGUAGCACUUAUUAAGGAUCCGGAAGAGCCGAGAAAAUUUUAUCCUCGCUUCAAUAUUGAAGACACUACAAGCUUCAAGGAUUUGGAUCCGCGCAGUCAAAAUGUCCUAAAAAGAUUAUACCAUGAUUACUACUUCUGCCGACAAGAAGGCCUUUGGCGUCAAAAUGCUUUGAAGACUCUGCCUGUUCUUUUGGACUCAUCAGAUAUGCUCGCUUGUGGGGAAGAUCUAGGCCUAAUUCCCUCCUGUGUUCAUCCUGUGAUGCAAGAAUUGGGCUUAGUAGGCCUACGCAUUCAACGCAUGCCAAGUGAACCUGGUCUAGAAUUUGGUAUUCCUUCUCAAUACGGCUACAUGACGGUUAAUGCUCCAUCAUGCCAUGACUGUUCCACUCUACGUGCUUGGUGGGAGGAAGAUGAAGAGAGAAGGCACCGCUUUUUUCAAGCAGUAAUGGGAUCUGAUGAGUUGCCACCUGAUCAAUGUACUCCUGAAAUUGUGCACUUUGUCUUGCGGCAGCAUGUUGAAGCUCCAUCAAUGUGGUCAAUCUUUCCGCUCCAGGAUUUGCUAGCACUCAAAGAAGAUUAUACAACGCGGCCUGCAAUUGAAGAGACUAUCAAUGAUCCAACAAACCCAAAACAUUACUGGCGAUACCGUGUACAUGUGACGAUGGAGUCCUUGCUUGAUGAUAAGGAUCUCACCAAAGCAAUAAAGGAUCUUGUCCGCGGGAGUGGAAGAUUUUACCCUCGGAAGGAUCUGGAAUCAGGUCAGGCAAAUGGUGGAGAAUCAGCAAAGCCGCAGCUAGGGAGUGAACUCCCUUCACUAACACAGACAAAUGGACUCUCCAAGAAAGAAGGUGUGGUAUUUGAAGGUGCUUUCUGACUUUUAGGUGUUCAUGUCAAAGCUGAAGCAAACAAAUCCUCCGUGACCCUAUCCCUAUCCCUACAAACUACCUUGUUCGCCAUGCAGUUCAAUAGCUUAUCAUGCUUCAUAAUUAAACAGGGUUUGAAGCCAUAUUUCAUUAUAGAAAUACAAGAAUCAUUGUAUGGUACUCUUUCAAUUCUCUUCAGUGUCUAAAUUUGGCAAAAAAUCAGGCCUUGCUUAAUAGGACUUA